AUGUUGAGAAGUAUUGCAGCACAAGACAAAACAUGUUUAUCUUAUGCUGGAAAAUUAUUUGAUUUAUCAUACGUUUUACCAAACCUUAUUGCUAUGGCAUUUCCUGCCACUGGAUUUUCUCAACAAUGGAGAAAUUCUCGAAAUGACGUUGCAGAAUUUUUAAAGAAGAACCAUCCAAAUCACUAUAAAAUUUGGAAUUUAACAGAAGAACAAUAUGACGCAACACCAUUUGAUAACAACGUAGUACAUUGUGGAUUUCUUGAUCAUCACCCACCAAAAUUUAAUUUCUUACUUCAAAUAGUUAAUGAAAUUGUCAAUUAUUUAAAUGAAGACCAAAUGAACACUGCUGUUAUCCAUUGUCGAGCUGGAAGAGGAAGAACAGGAAUUGUAGUAUGUUCAGUUUUAUUGGCAUUAGGAAAAGCAAAAAAUACAGAAGAGUCAUUAUACCUUUUUGGAGAAAGAAGGUCAAAAAAGAAAAGAGGAGUAACAGCUCCCUGUCAAGUAAGGUAUGUGUAUUAUUUUGAUUGUUAUCAUCGUACAUUUAGUGAAUAUGUACCUAUCCCACAAUAUAUGAUGAGAAUUGUUUCAAUACAAACAUUUGGAUUUCAAAUAGGAGUUUCUGGAUAUGAAGAUGCAGCUCCAAUAUUUUAUUUUAAUCCAUUAAGUCAUCAUAAUGAACAUCCACCGAUGUUAUAUAUACAACAAAAGUUAAACGAAAUAGAUGGAAAAUAUACAACAAUUUUUCCUAAGAAUUAUAUGUCAGGAGAUAUUAUUAUUAUGGUUUGUUUUAUGUCAAAAGGAAAGAUUAAUAUUAUUGGAAGAUUAAUGAUUAAUACUUUCUUUUGGGAAAAUGAUGUAAAAUAUGAAUAUAGUUUAAAACAAAUGCAAGACGCAAAUGAAGGAAAAAAUAAAAAUUCAUUUAAAUUACCUGACAAUUAUAAAAUUAUUAUUCAAACUGAAAGUAUUAAAAAUAAUAAAGAAAAUGAAUUAUUACAUGAUAAAAUUAUUCAUUCAUUUGAUAUACUUAAUACUAUUGACUCGAUUGUAACAAGAGCUUCUAUGAAUAAACAAACAACACCACAAUUAAUAACAUCACCAGUACCAUCAUAUCCAGUACCACCAUCAUUGGAUAUGACAUUUUUAUAA